AUGUUAGGGUUACGCCCGGGGGGGAAAGGGAAAGAGGGGGGACGCGCGUGGAGGACAGCUGGGGGGGGAAAACCAUGGUGGGAGGAGAAGGGGGAGGAGCAAGGGGGAGGAGAAGGGGGAGGAGCAAGGGGGAGGAGAAGGGGGAGGAGCAAGGGGGAGGAGCAAGGGGGAGGAGCAAGGGGAAGGAGCAAGGGGGAGGAGCAAGGAGGAGGAGAAGGGGGAGGAGCAAGGGGGAGGAGCAAGGGGGAGGAGCAAGGGGAAGGAGCAAGGGGGAGGAGCAAGGGGGAGGAGCAAGGGGGGGCGUGCAGCGGCCAUUACGGGCAGGGGCAGAUGCCUGAGGGGGGGAAGGGUAGGGGUGUACACUGGCAUUCCUUUGCAUGGCGGGUGGUGGGAGAGGAUGGUAUGGGAGUGGUGAGGGUUGAUUGGAUGUGGGAAAAGGGGGUGUAA